CAAAAUACAAGUUGCCUAGUUUGGAUAUAGACCGGCUGAACCUGUCUGUACAAUAAUUAACACUAAAUGAAAAUGAUUUUAUUUUUAAAAUUCAAAUGAUAACUCUCUUGAUUAGUAGUAAUUACACAGAUGCAACUUUAUUCUCUGGAUAGGUCGAUUAAAGAUUCUUAACUUUAAAAAACUACCUUGUAAACAUAUAAUGAGUAAUUUUAGCCUCCCUGUGUAAUCAAUGUGAAUGCUGUAUGUGUGUAAUCAACUAUUGUAUUUAGUGCAAUCUAAUAAAAGUAAACAGCCUUUUCAGAUGGGCGGGGAAAACUUUUUCACGUCGUCGCCGAUGGUGACCGUAGGGGCACUGUCCAACGGCUCCAUAGACGAUCUGCGCAAGCGCACAUUCGACGAUUACUGUGAGAGCGACGACGAUUUACGCAGAGAGGACAUCAUGUUUCCCACCGACCCGCAUAUGGACUGUAAUAAUAGCAAGCGGAGUAGCUUGCAAAGCCGAGGCAGUACUUCAAGUCUUCUCGAAGGCAGUCUCACACCCCGAUCUCAACCACCUACUCCAAGAUCUCAAGCUGCCACUCCCCAUAAGUACAAGAAAGGUGAUGUGGUAUCGACUCCUACGGGAAUCCGUAAGAAAUUCAACGGGAAACAGUGGCGGCGGCUGUGUUCUAAAGACGGAUGUACUAAAGAGAGCCAGAGACGCGGGUUUUGUUCCCGGCAUUUGUCGCUGCGAGGUGUCGCCCGAUCGUCUAACACACCACUAACACAGGGUUCUACGCAUACUCCGCAACAGAGCAGUAGCAAGUCGUUGUCGUCUAGCGGUACUGGGAUAGAAGGCGACGAGACAUCGCGUGAGUCUGACACCACGCCGCCUCAUUACCGGGUCACUGGACGGUUCGAUUCCGACGAGACUGAGGCCGCUAAUAUGCUGGUGUCACUGGGUAGUUCCCGUUCUGGUAGUCCCGGCGCUUCACCCGUGGGCGGAGGGGCGUCACCAGGGCUUCGGAACAAUGUAUUCGUACCGAUCUCAUCUCCACAACCGCAGCCUCCUCACGGUUCUUCGAUUUACCAUCAUCAUCUUAUCAGACCGGAGUUGGUUCGUCCCGGACGAGCUAGUUCACCAGUGGGAAGUGUUGCUACAAGCGUCAUCAGAGUAUCUCCGGCGCCUACAUAUUACCAGGUGCCUGAAAACCGCAAUGGACCAAGUAUUCACCCAAACAAUCUAAGCUCACAAGCGAACGUGAUCGGAGUGUCAACGUCCGGCUUGAACAUUCAGAGUACAAUACAGAACAAUCUGAACGCACCAACAAGUCUACAAUCCACCCUCACACUGCCGUCCAGCAUAUCUCUCAACCUGAAUAAUUUAAACAAUCAAGAUCUACAAACAAGUAUAGCGAACAACAUCCGUACUACAAAUGAGAUUCCACAUAAUCUAGUCGUCCCUCGAAGCGUUCCUUCUUCGAAUGGGAUAGAUAUAGAUUUAUACAGGCAGCAACCUCUUCAUAUAAGGAACGGUAUCCACGAUUACAGAAGAGAGAGUGAUAUGUCCCCCACAAUGAAUAAUCAUGAGAAUUUUUUAACUAGAAGAGUCUCGGAAUACGAGGACGAAGACCACGCGCCUCAAAGAGAAGGUAUCCAUCGGAAUGUGAUUGACAGACCGCCGGAAUUGUCCGAGACUCGAAUAAUAGAAGAUAGCAAAAGAAUAGUGAAACCGGCGCCGAUACACACUCGCCUCGUGUCAGUGGUGGACGCGGACGCGAAAGACUCGAUAAAGCGAUACUACGUAUUGCCUUCCAGUACAAUAUGCGAGAAGAAAUUUGUACUGAUAAAAAACGAGCCAGCGGAGACACUUCAACUAGAGCAGAAGAUGUCUCAAUUGGGUCAGCAACUAAAUAAUAAUGAACCCGAAACUGAUUCUAGGACUCUCGACAAUGGUGUCAGUGAUCACUUGAACAAUAUGAACAGCAGUGCCGUAAUAGUACAUCCUAGUCAGUUAUUACCAGUCCUACCUCCGCCUACUUCGCACACUGCUAUCAUCGUAUCAACUGGUGGCGUGCAAGGCGGUGUGUUUCCGUGGCAAUCGUUGGUGCCUUUACUGACGGCUUCGUCCCCUCCCCCCGCGCCGCCGUCGCCGCGCACGCCGCGCACACCGCGCACGCCGCACACGCCACACACACCGCACACGCCGCACACACCGCACACUCCUCACAUCAAGACGGAGGAGAUCAAGACUGAGAGCGCUGGGGAGUCUGUGACUGCUAUGUGCACCGAAGAGGAGGAUGACGUGUUCGAGUGCGAAGAACCCGGGCCUGGAGGUAGCGAGGAUACGAUCAAACGACGAUCACAGAGUUUGUCAUCGUUGAACUCGCCUGCUUCCACCACGGAUAAGAAGGAACGUCGUAUAAGACGACCAAUGAACGCGUUCAUGAUAUUCUCUAAGAGGCAUCGUCAAAUAGUUCACCAAUUACAUCCGAAUCAAGACAAUCGCACAGUAAGCAAAAUACUUGGCGAAUGGUGGUAUUCACUUAAACCUGAAGAGAAACAGAAAUACAAUGAACUGGCCAGUGAAGUAAAAGAGGCUCACUUCAAAGCUCAUCCCGAGUGGAAAUGGUGCAAUAAAGACAGGAGGAAGUCUUCGAGCAGUCGUGAUCCCACGGGCUCUAUGCCACAGAGUCCUCGUACGCCAGUGGAGGCGGGUGGGGCUACGGGCGAUGUGCCCGUUCCAGCUGUGUACGCGCACGAACCAUCGCCCCACCUCAGCGAUGACGAACCUAUGGUCAGUUAAUUAACUAAUAUUAUUAUGCUAUUAAUGUUUCCACUACUGACUGACAGCGCACCCUUAACUGGUGGAAAUAAUUAGGUCAAUAGAGGGCCCAGUGAGGAUUUAUGGGUGUUA